GUUUUAAUUUGCGAACGCUCUUCACCUUCAUGCCUCCUUCACUACAAUCAGCGAAAACACGAUGAGGAGAAAUUAUGUCCUCGACAGGACGGGGAUUUGGUCAGUCAGGCGACCAAAACUUUGACGGUGGUCGACCAAAUAAAUUUCUGUACUCUGGAAAAAACAAGAAAGUUGAUCCUUGGAGCAGCAGCACCGACAAUGAUCAUGAAGAUAGCAUAGAGCGGGCUUUACAACCUAAGAAUAAGUUUCUAAAAACCAAAGAUACCCGUAGCUCGCCAGGUUGCGAACUAGAUGAUGUGUGGAGUAUUCGCAAAAAUGUUCAAGUCAGCCAGGCGGGAAAGAAAGGAACCAUAUUAAACACAAGCAAAUCUUCAACGUCGUAUUAUUCCAGGCACGGAGGUUUGAGUGGAACGGGCGAAGCGAAUAGUUCAAUGUUGAACAAGGGCCAUGACACUAACGAAGACUUUCAUAGCCAUAGUAACGAUCAUAAAUCAUGGAGUAUUGCGAGUCGAGGAAACUUCUCAUACUCAGAUCACCCCAAGGUCAUUCAAGGUAAUCAUGGCACCUCGACUGUUGACCAACCUGAUGACAUCCUAGACACAAGACACACUCCUAAACUGGAUGAAUUUGAUAUGGUACAGAAGAAAAAUCUCUUGAACAGCAAACUGCGGAUGGCUGGAGCGCCUCAAAUCGCAAACAGGGAAAUGUCUGCAAGGACACGGCGUGCAAAGAAAAUGCAUGAUGCCCAUCUCAGGUCAAUGGGGCUUGGUCCGUUUACCCCAAGUAAUGGAUCACAUGUCAACACAGACAAUAAAAGGGACAGUGUCAACUGGAAACAGGACGUUGAUGAUGACUUUUAGCCAUUUGUCUUCACUAUGCAUACAACAACAAAAAAAAACUAUUUAAUAUGAAGAUGUGAAAUGACUUGCAAAGUAACUUUAAUUGUUUAUAUUGCAAUGACAACAAUGAAGAUGAUUCAAUGUGAGGACAUGUUAGAGGUCAAAAAAUGCAUGCUUUAUUUUUUACUUAAUAAUGGUGGUUAUGAUAUGAGACUCUGUAUAGUUGUAUGGAUCUUGAAAAAGACCUUGUUCCUUCAUCUGCAACAAGGAUAUUUUUUGUGAUACAAGCAAAUAUCUCUCUUCAUGUACUGACCAUGCCACGAGCAAUAAUCGUGGCCUGGGAAAGUUUGUUAGAAAUUCCAGAAACUGCAGUUGGAAAGUCACUCUCUAGCUUGGUACAAUUUUCUUAAACUACUAUGGGGUCCGAGGUUGUUGAAGAUCUAUCCCCCAUAAAAGAAAUAUUCUAAAUUUCAUACUUCUGACAGUUUUUUGAGUAAGUGCCUUCCAUUGUAAUAUAGUUUCAUUACCCCCCCACUAAUAUACUGAUUUAAAAUUGGUGAACAUCACCAAAUCUGCUUCCUGUCACUGCCACAAGUAAUGGAAUUGUUUUGCCAAACUGAGAAAACUGCAAUUAUCUUGAGUUUGGAAGAGAAAACAAAUCUAGACUAAGCAGCUUUGGUUUGGCAAGUUGGGUCAUGAUUUUUUUGGUUUGUUCAUAUGUUCUGAUCAUAUUUUUUUAUUGGUCCUCUACAGUAAACAAAGUAUUUGAGGUAUUCAGGGUAUUGUUGAGAUAUACAUGUAAUUUAUAAGACAAUGCGAAAAUUUACAUAUUGUAUAAUCAGAAAGGCUCGUUUUGUUGUGUUAAAUAUUUGUACAUAGUAUUUGAUCCACACUUUAAUUUUUUUAGUGUAAUGUCAUUUUGUCUUCAAAUAAAUUUCUUGCAUGAAAAGGUGUGUAGC